UGAUGAUGCUGUCUCACGCGUCUCCAGCCGCCCAGAAUGCCCAGAAUGCCCAGCAAGCCCAGCAGUGCGCCUCACGGCGAACAAGCUUUCCAAGCUUUCUGGGGUGCUUCUUGUUUCUCGUGGGAGACGGGAACUUGCGUCGCCCAGAGAUCUUGAGCCUCAACUGAGGUCUGAUAUCUCGGCGUCGAGCGGUCUAUCUCGACGAGAGCGACAGCCUGACACGCGACUUCAAAGCUUCAAGCUCCUGUUUGGCGAACUAGAGCCCCAGAGUACGCAACAAUAAUGGGCAACUUGCGUCACAUUACAUCUUGCGAUAUCAGCGGGGGUCUCCAUUCUUUAUGUCCUAGGGGUGAAGAAAGGCGGAUAGCUCUGCAGUUCUUCGUCCGGGACCCUUUCCGAGUUCCAACAGCGCCCCUCACGCCCUCAUUGACCGAAGGCCCGAAGCAAAGUACCCGCUCCGGAAGAGCCCCCACGGCCCGUUUGUUCUCUACAUACAUUGUCUGGCAGAUUUUCGACAGUCGAACCAUUCUGGGACUGCCAAAUGUUACACAGCGCAACCCAGGGUCAGCGAGGGAUCCAUGUUGCAGAGGAUCUCAGUUUGAAUUGCCCACGAAAACAUACCCCAUAUCCCAGCUUAGCCCAGGCCCGGUCUUCGCCACUUGCGUGCAGCUUCUCGCGUGGACAGUGCUGGCAGGCGAGGGUGUCCACAUUCCCAUGUGUCAUCACCGCCCGCCUGGCUGGCAAGAUCAGCGAUUGUCGUCUUCCAUCCCACGGCACGCGCUGUCGUCAAUCACCCUCUAGAUCCUGAACCUAAUUCCCCACCCCUGCCUCCCGCUCAACCUUCCCCUGUCUGCAGUGGAAGCUCACACCAACGAGCGGAGCUGAGCCAGUGCCUCGGGACACCACGUUUGGGAGCAACCCGA